AUAAGUAUUGUAUAACUCCCAACUGUUGUGUUGAACAAACAGUAAAGAGACGAAAAGCCUUUCGACCAAAUGUCUCAAAUCCUGUUGAGAAACAUCAAACGAGUUGGCAAUGCUGGAGCACUGCUCACCCACAGCUCCGUCGCCAGCCCACUGACAGUAGCUGCCGCUGUCGGCAUCUCGCAUCAACAGCUACACACAACGCCGGCAUGCUGUGAGAUACGGAAAUUGGCCCGGCUGCGUGUGGUGGAUAACAGUGAUCUCGGCAAGCGUGCGAUGGCCGAGGGUCGUCCGCCGCGUUGCAUACACGUGUAUAAUAAACGGGGUGUGGGCCUCAUCGGUGACAAGGUGCUGGUGGCGAUUAAGGGCCAAAUGAAGAAGGGCAUCCUCGUGGGACUAAAGCAGAAGCAGCGACUGAAACAGCCCCAAUUCGAUAGCAACAAUCUGGUCCUGAUCGAUGACAAUGGCAGUCCAUUGGGCACACGCAUCCACGUGCCCAUACCGACAGUGUUGCGCACCAUACUGAAGGAGAAGACGCUGGCGAAGGGCGCCGACUACACCAAGGUGCUGGCUAUAGCCAGUCGUUAUGUUUAAGCUGAUUUUUUCUUCCUAUUCUUUUUUUUUGCUGUUCUCCGAAUAAAAACAUGAUUAUUUGUUAUAGUAAUAAGUAGUA